AGAGGUGAAUAAACCAAAAAGGUGUAUAAUGGCUUCCUUAUCACUUUGCAUAGCCACGAAAGGGCCCAAUCCCUCAGCUUCUCUCAUUCUCACUGCCCCAAAACCAUCUUCACUGUCUCUCAACGUUGGCCGCAGCAGUUUCUUCAACGUUCGCUCUCCUCUCCUCCAUUCUUCCUUCCUCUCCUCUCCUUCCCACCUCUCUUCCCCUUCCUCCUUUACAGGGUUGUCACUUGGAUUGGAGUUGACAUCUAAUGUUGGGGCGAGAAGAGGAAAAAGUGGUGGGUUGGUUGUGAGGGCAGGCAAGGCUGCUCUUUGUCAGACAAAGAGAAACAGAUCAAGAAAAUCAUUGGCACGCACUCAUGGUUUCCGCAAACGAAUGAGCACACCAGGUGGAAGAGCUAUUUUAAGACGACGACGUGCCAAGGGACGGAAAGUUCUUUGCACCAAGUCCCACCCAAAUAGUGGAAAGUAGUCUCCAUUAUCGCCACUUUCUUCUGUUAUUCUUUUAAUGCAUUGAUUCCUCCCAACUUCCUCUGCAUUUCAAGCUUUUCAACUUUUUAACACUCGUUCUUUCUACCCUUUAUGUUUAAUUUUUUUAUGCUAUUUAUCUGUUUUGUCCCC